AUGGAGAAUAAAGGAACCAUGGUUGGCCCGAAAGGCCUUGUUAGAAAGCAUGAACUUGUACGAAUCAUAGUCCAAUGUUUAUAUUCACUGGGCUACAGUAGGUCUGCCUCCUGUUUGGAAACAGAGUCUUGCAUCACACGCAAGUCCUCUGAAUUUGAAGCACUCGAAUCACAAAUUCUGACUGCGAAUUGGGAUGAUUGCACCAGAAGUCUCAAUAAAAUGGACGCCUUGGCUGAUGAGAUAAGAUCGUCAGCACUGUUCAUUGUUCUCGAACAGUGCCUGUUGGAAUGCUUGAAUUCUGGGCACAUCUCUGUCGCAUUGGACUUACUACGAAGAAAGUUUUCAGCUUUGAAGAUCGGCAAAGAAAAGCUUCACGAGCUUUCCUAUGGAUUGAUUUCACUGAAGGGGUGGGGUUGUACGGAUUCUGAUGGUGUGCUUGAGCUGCGAGAAAGACUGAUCUUGAAGCUGAAAAAAAUUUUACCCCCACCAAUUACACUGCCUGAGAGAAGGCUGGAACAUUUGAUCGAGAUGGUUGUGUGCGCUCAGAUUGAGAGCUGUAUGUACCACAGUUCAUCUGAUGCGGUGUCGUUGUAUAGGGAUCACCAUUGCGAUCGAAGUCAGUUUCCAACAGAGACUAUUCAGAUAUUGACUUGUCAUCAGAAUGAAGUGUGGUUCAUUCAGUUUUCCAACAAUGGAGAGUAUUUGGCAUCAUCAUCAAGUGAUUGCACAGCCAUCAUAUGGGAAGUGCAGCAUGAUAACAAGGCAACCUUAAAGCACACGCUACGCAGCCACAAAAAACCCAUCUCGUUCGUGUCCUGGAGUCCGGAUGACAGCAUGCUCCUCACGUGUGGCAACAUGGAGGUCCUCAAGCUGUGGGACGUCCAAUCGGGCGCCUGCCGCCACACAUUCGGCACUGACGGAUUCACCGUAAGCUCAUGCGCCUGGUUCCCCGACUCCCGCCGGCUCGUCUGUGGCAGCUCUGAACCAAAGAAGGGAAUCCGCAUGUGGGACUGUGAUGGCCAUGAGAUCCGGGCCUGGAAGGGUUCCCGCAUGCCCAAGGUGCUCGAUCUAGCCAUUACCCCUAAUGGGGAAAAUCUCAUAAGCAUAUUUUCCGAUAAGGAGAUUCGGAUAAUGAAUGUUGGGACGGGUGCUGAGCGCGUGAUUCCCGAGGAGCACUCGAUCACGUCCCUAUCAGUGUCGGGGGACAGUGAGUUUUUGAUUGUCAGCCUUAAUAGUCAGGAGAUUCACUUGUGGGGUGUUGGAGGGGGGUCGGUGGGCCCCGUGAUGUAUAAAGGCCACAGGCAGAAGAAAUAUGUCAUACGCUCGUGCUUUGGUGGGCUGAACAGUAUGUUCAUUGCUAGUGGCAGUGAGGAUUCCAAGGUUUACAUAUGGAACCGCCGAUGCUCUGAUCCGAUUGAGAUCUUGUCUGGUCACUCGAUGACUGUAAAUUGUGUCAGCUGGAACCCAAAACGACCCCAGAUGUUAGCUUCGGCUAGUGAUGAUAAUACAGUACGAAUAUGGGGACCGAGCUGUGGAACACAAAUGGGAAAAUGA